GUGGAUCAGUUUACUAAAGCGUUAACCGCAGCUCAUAUGAUGAAACCAGCCGAUGUGGCUACGACGAGAGUGGUGGUGCGUCUUGCUACUACAAUGUACGGGUUCUUUAUACCCAGUUUCGUGGUGGCUAAGAAUAUGCCAGAGGUUUGUAAGGCUGUGGGUAUCGAUAAUAUCGACUUUCGGUUCGAUCCAAGCGGCUUAACGGCCACUGUGGGGCAUAUCAGCACAUUCAUCCCAGUCAGCACCAACUUCCACAUAGCCAACGCAGCUGCAGUAGAGAAGAUAUGCGAAGCACUCAUCGCACACGACCUGACAGUGGAGGAGGCCGAUAGAGAGAUUGGGCGCAUAUCCAAUCGAGGAGGGCUGUAUCCUCCAUGGCUGCGUGCGUGUGCCUGGGGAGUGCAGACGGCAGGGCUCUCGGCGAUUAUCUUCAAGUCAACAGUUACAGGGAUUUGGUUGUCGGGAAUCAUAGGCCUUUUUGAGGGUCUAUUUGAAGAAUAUCUGAAACGGGACAAACACCCCCAUGUGGCCAUGCUAGAGAUAUACAUUUGUGGCGUGCUAUCGAGUAUAGUGCUGCUGGCGUGUCAUGGGGCUGGUUGGCUGGACUGUCCCAGCAUGCCAUACCUAUCCAUUAUGGCCAUUCACCUUCCAGGUACCAUGGCAACCUUCGGCGUCAUGGAAAUGCUCACUGGCCACACAGUGUGUGGUGCCUCUCGAUUCACCUCCUCUAUGAUCACGGCCAAUCUUAUUGCCAUGGGAUAUACAACAGCAGGGUGGAUCAUCAAGUGGUUGUACGUAGAUAUACUGGGCACAUACAUGGACCCUGCACAAUGCCCUACGAGUGAU